AUGGACGUGGACGUAGACGUGGACGUGGACGUGGACAUGGACGUGGACAUGGACGUGGACGUGGACAUGGACGUGGACAUGGAGGUGGACGUGGAGGUGGACGUGGACAUGGACGUGGACAUGGAGGUGGACAUGGAGGUGGACAUGGAGGUGGACGUGGACGUGGACAUGGACGUGGACGUGGACGUGGACGUGGACGUGGACGUGGUCGUGGACGUGGACGUGGACGUGGUCGUGGUCGUGGACGUGGACGUGGACGUGGACGUGGAGGACUUGGACGUGGACAUGGACGAGGACGUGGACGUGGACGUGGACGUGGACAUGGACGUGGACGUGGACAUGGACGUGGACGUGGACAUGGACGUGGACGUGGAAAUGGACAUGGACGUAGACGUGGACGUGGACGUGGACGUGGACAUGGACGUGGACGUGGACGUGGACCUGGACGUAGACGUGGACGUGGACGUGAACGUGGACGUGAACGUGGACGUGGUCAUGGACGUAGACAUGGACGUGGACGUGAACGUGGACGUGGACGUGGACGUCGACGUGGACGUGGACAUGGAGGUGGACGUGGACAUGGACGUGGACAUGGACAUGGACGUGGACAUGGACGUGGACGUGGACGUGGACGUGGACGUGGACGUAGACGUGGACGUGGACGUGGACGUGGACGUGGACGUGAUUGUGGACGUGGACAUGGACGUGGACGCGGACGUGGACGUGGACGUGGACAUGAAUGUGGACGUGGACAUGGACGUGGACAUAGACAUGGACGUGGACGUGGACGUGGACGUGGACGUGGACGUGGACCUGGACGUGGACGUGGACGUGGACGUGGACGUGGAUGUGGACGUGGACGUGGUCGUGGACGUGGUAGUGGACGUGGACGUGGACGUGGACGUGCUCGUGGACGUGGACGUGGACGUGGACGUGGAGGUGGACGUGGAAAUGGACGUAGAAAUGGACGUGGACAUGGACAUGGACGUGGACAUGGACGUGGACGUGGACAUGGACAUGGACAUGGACGUGGACGUGGACAUGGACGUGGACGUGGACAUGGACAUGGACGUGGACGUGGACGUGGACAUGGACGUGGACGUGGACAUGGACUUGGACGUGGACGUAGACGUGGACAUGGACGUGGACGUGGACGUGGACGUGGUCGUGGAUGUGGACGUGGACGUGGUCGUGGACGUGGACGUGGACGUGGACGUGGUCGUGGUCGUGGACGUGGACGUGGACCUGGACCUGGACGUGGACGUGGACGUGGACGUGGAGGACUUGGACGUGGACAUGGACGUGGACGUGGACGUGGACAUGGACGUGGACGUGGACGUGGACGUGGACAUGGACGUGGACGUGGACAUGGACGUGGACGUGGACGUGGACGUGGACGUGGACCUCGACGUGGACGUGGACGUGGACAUGGACGUGGACGUGGACGUGGACGUGGACGUGGUCGUGGACGUGGACAUGGACAUGGACAUGGACGUGGUCGUGGACGUGGACGUGGACGUGGACGUGGACGUGGACGAAGACAUGGACGUGGACAUGGACGUGGACGUGGACAUGGACGUGGACUUGGACGUGGACGUGGACGUGGACAUGGACGUGGACGUGGACGUGGACGUGGACAUGGACAUGGACGUGGACGUGGACAUGGACGUUAACGUGGACAUGGACGUGGACAUGGACGUGGACAUGGACGUGGACAUGGACGUGGACAUGGACAUGGACGUGGACGUGGACGUGGACAUGGACGUGGACGUGGACGUGGACAUGGACGUGGACGUGGACGUGGACGUGGACAUGGACGUGGACAUGGACGUGGACGUGGACGUGGACGUGGACGUGGACAUGGACGUGGACGUGGACGUGGACGUGGUUGUGGACGUGGACGUGGACGUGGACGUGGACAUGGACGUGGACGUGGACGUGGAGGUGGACGUGGACGUGGACAUGGACUUGGAUAUGGACGUGGACGUGGAGGUGGACGUGGUCGUGGACGUGGACGUGGUCGUGGUCGUGGACGUGGACGUGGACGUGGACCUGGACGUGGACGUGGACGUGGACGUGGACGUGGAGGACUUGGACGUGGACAUCGACGUGGACGUGGACGUGGACAUGGACGUGGACGUGGACGUGGACAUGGACGUGGACAUGGACAUGGACGUGGACAUGGACGUGGACAUGGACGUGGACGUGGACAUGGACGUGGACGUGGACGUGGACGUGGACGUGGUCGUGGACAUGGACGUGGACGUGGACGUGGACGUGGACGUGGUCGUGGACGUGGACGUGGACGUGGACAUAGACGUGGACGUGGACAUGGACGUCGACAUGGACGUGGACAUGGACGUGGACAUGGACGUCGACGUGGACAUGGACGUGGACGUGGACGUGGACGUGGACAUGGACGUGGACGUGGACGUGGACAUGGACGUGGACAUGGACGUGGACGUGGACAUGGACGUGGACAUGGACGUGGACGUGGACGUGGACAUGGACGUGGACGUGGACGUGGACAUGGACGUGGACAUGGACAUGGAUAUGGACGUGGACGUGGACGUGGACGUGGACGUGGACGUGGACCUGGAUAUGGACGUGGACAUGGACGUGGACGUGGAUAUGGACGUGGACGUGGAGGUGGACGUGGAGGUGGACGUGGAGGGAGGUGGACGUGGAGGUGGACGUGGAGGUGGACGUGGAGGUGGACGUGGACGUGGACGUGGACAUGGACAUGGUCGUGGACGUGGACGUGAACGUGGACGUGGACAUGGACAUGGACGUGGACGUGGACGUGGACCUGGACGUGGACAUGGACGUGGACAUGGACGUGGACUUGGACACGUGGACGUAGACGUGGACGUGGACGUGGACGUGGACGUUGACGUGGACGUGGACGUGGACGUGGACGUGGACAUUGACAUGGACGUGGACGUGGACGUGGACGUGGACGUGGACAUGGACGUGGACAUGGACGUGGACGUGGACAUGGACGUGGACCUGGACGUGGACGUGGACGUGGACAUGGACGUGGACGUGGACGUGGACGUCGACGUGGACGUGGACGUGGACAUGGAGGUGGACAUGGACAUGGACGUGGACAUGGACAUGGACGUGGACACGGACGUGGACGUGGACGUGGACGUGGACGUGGACGUGGACGUAGACGUGGACGUGGACGUGGACGUGGACGUGAUUGUGGACGUGGACAUGGACGAGGACGUGGACGUGUACGUGGACGUGGACAUGAAUGUGGACGUGGACAUGGACGUGGACAUGGACAUGGACGUGGACGUGGACGUGGACGUGGACGUGGACGUGGACUUGGACGUGGACAUGGACGUGGACGUGGACAUGGACGUGGACGUGGACAUGGUCGUGGACGUGGACGUGGACGUGGACGUGGACAUGGACGUGGACGUGGACGUGGACGUGGACGUGGACGUGGACAUGGACGUGGAUAUGGACGUGGACGUGGACAUGGACAUGGACAUGGACGUGAAGGUGGACGUGGACAUGGACGUGGACGUGGACGUGGACAUGGACGUGGACGUGGACAUGGACGUGGACAUGGAGGUGGACGUGGAGGUGGACGUGGAGGUGGACGUGGACAUGGACGUGGACGUGGACGUGGACAUGGACGUGGACGUGGACGUGGACGUGGACGUGGACAUGGACGUGGACGUGGACAUGGACGAGGACGUGGACGUGGACAUGGACGUGGACGUGGAGGACUUGGACGUGGACAUUGACGUGGACGUGGACGUGGACGUGGACAUGGUCGUGGACAUGGACGUGGACGUGGACGUGGAGGUGGACAUGGACGUGGACAUGGACGUGGACAUGGACAUGGACGUGGACAUGGACGUGGACGUGGACGUGGACGUGGACCUGGAUAUGGACGUGGACAUGGACGUGGACGUGGAUAUGGACGUGGACAUGGAGGUGGACGUGGACGUGGACGUGGACAUGGACAUGGUCGUGGACGUGGACGUGAACGUGGACGUGGACAUGGACAUGGACGUGGACGUGGACGUGGACCUGGACGUGGACAUGGACGUGGACAUGGACGUGGACUUGGACGUGGACGUGGACGUGGACAUGGACGUGGACGUGGACGUGGUUGUGGACAUGGACGUGGACAUGGACAUGGACGUCGACAUAGACGUGGACGUAGACGUGGACGUGGACGUGGACGUGGACGUGGACGUUGACGUGGACGUGGACGUGGACGUGGACGUGGACGUGGACAUUAACAUGGACGUGGACGUCGACGUGGACGUGGACGUGGACGUGGACGUGGACAUGGACGUGGACAUGGACGUGGACGUGGACAUGGACGUGGACCUGGACGUGGACGUGGACGUGGACAUGGACGUGGACGUGGACGUGGACGUCGACGUGGACGUGGACGUGGACAUGGAGGUGGACGUGGACAUGGACGUGGACAUGGACAUGGACGUGGACAUGGACGUGGACGUGGACGUGGACGUGGACGUGGACGUGGACGUAGACGUGGACGUGGACGUGGACGUGGACGUGAUUGUGGACGUGGACAUGGACGUGGACGUGGACGUGGACGUGGACAUGAAUGUGGACGUGGACAUGGACGUGGACAUGGACAUGGACGUGGACGUGGACGUGGACGUGGACGUGGACGUGGACUUGGACGUGGACAUGGACGUGGACGUGGACAUGGACGUGGACGUGGACAUGGUCGUGGACGUGGACGUGGACGUGGACGUGGACAUGGACGUGGACGUGGACGUGGACGUGGACGUGGACGUGGACAUGGACGUGGAUAUGGACGUGGACAUGGACAUGGACAUGGACAUGGACGUGAAGGUGGACGUGGACAUGGACGUGGACGUGGACGUGGACAUGGACGUGGACGUGGACAUGGACGUGGACAUGGAGGUGGACGUGGAGGUGGACGUGGAGGUGGACGUGGACAUGGACGUGGACGUGGACGUGGACGUGGACAUGGACGUGGACGUGGACGUGGACGUGGACGAGGACGUGGACGUGGACGUGGACGUGGUCGUGGACGUGGACCUGGACGUGGACAUGGACGUGGACGUGGACAUGGACGUGGACGUGGACGUGGACGUGGACGUGGACAUGGACGUGGACGUGGACGUGGACAUGGACGUGGACGUGGACGUGGACAUGGACGUGGACGUGGACAUGGACGUGGACGUGGACGUGGAGGACUUGGACGUGGACAUGGACGUGGACGUGGACGUGGACGUGGACAUGGUCGUGGACAUGGACGUGGACGUGGACGUGGACGUGGACGUGGACGUGGACAUGGUCGUGGACGUGGACGUGGACGUGGACGUGGACGUGGACAUGAAUGUGGACGUGGACAUGGACGUGGACAUAGACGUGGACGUGGACGUGGACGUGGACGUGGACGUGGACCUGGACGUGGACGUGGACGUGGACGUGGAUGUGGACGUGGACGUGGUCGUGGACGUGGUAGUGGACGUGGACGUGGACGUGGACGUGGAGGUGGACGUGGAAAUGGACGUAGACAUGGACGUGGACAUGGACAUGGACGUGGACAUGGACGUGGACGUGGACAUGGACAUGGACAUGGACGUGGACGUGGACAUGGACGUGGACGUGGACAUGGACAUGGACGUGGACGUGGACGUGGACAUGGACGUGGACGUGGACAUGGACUUGGACGUGGACGUGGACGUGGACAUGGACGUGGACGUGGACGUGGUCGUGGACGUGGACGUGGAUGUGGACGUGGACGUGGACGUGGUCGUGGACGUGGACGUGGACGUGGUCGUGGUCGUGGACGUGGACGUGGACCUGGACCUGGACCUGGACGUGGACGUGGACGUGGACGUGGAGGACUUGGACGUGGACAUGGACGUGGACGUGGACGUGGACAUGGACGUGGACGUGGACGUGGACGUGGACAUGGACGUGGACGUGGACCUGGACGUGGACGUGGACGUGGACGUGGACGUGGACGUGGACGUGGACCUGGACGUGGACGUGGACGUGGACAUGGACGUGGACGUGGACGUGGACGUGGACGUGGUCGUGGACGUGGACAUGGACAUGGACAUGGACGUGGUCGUGGACGUGGACGUGGACGUGGACGUGGACGAAGACAUGGACGUGGACAUGGACGUGGACGUGGACAUGGACGUGGACUUGGACGUGGACGUGGACGUGGACAUGGACGUGGACGUGGACGUGGACAUGGACAUGGACGUGGACGUGGACAUGGACGUGGACGUGGACAUGGACGUGGACAUGGACGUGGACAUGGACGUGGACAUGGACGUGGACAUGGACAUGGACGUGGACGUGGACGUGGACGUGGACAUGGACGUGGACGUGGACGUGGACAUGGACGUGGACGUGGACGUGGACGUGGACAUGGACGUGGACAUGGACGUGGACGUGGACGUGGACGUGGACGUGGACAUGGACGUGGACGUGGACGUGGACGUGGUUGUGGACGUGGACGUGGACGUGGACGUGGACAUGGACGUGGACGUGGACGUGGAGGUGGACGUGGACGUGGACAUGGACGUGGAUAUGGACGUGGACGUGGAGGUGGACGUGGUCGUGGACGUGGACGUGGUCGUGGUCGUGGACGUGGACGUGGACGUGGACCUGGACGUGGACGUGGACGUGGACGUGGAGGACUUGGACGUGGACAUCGACGUGGACGUGGACGUGGACAUGGACGUGGAUGUGGACGUGGACAUGGACGUGGACAUGGACAUGGACGUGGACAUGGACGUGGACAUGGACGUGGACGUGGACAUGGACGUGGACGUGGACGUGGACGUGGACGUGGUCGUGGACAUGGACGUGGACGUGGACGUGGACGUGGACGUGGUCGUGGACGUGGACGUGGACGUGGACAUAGACGUGGACGUGGACAUGGACGUGGACAUGGACGUGGACGUGGACAUGGACGUGGACGUGGACGUGGACGUGGACAUGGACGUGGACGUGGACGUGGACAUGGACGUGGACAUGGACGUGGACGUGGACAUAGACGUGGACAUGGACGUGGACGUGGACGUGGACAUGGACGUGGACGUGGACGUGGACAUGGACGUGGACAUGGACGUGGACGUGGACGUGGACGUGGACAUGGACGUGGACAUGGACGUGGACGUGGACGUGGACAUGGACGUGGACGUGGACGUGGACGUGGACGUGGACAUGGACGUGGACGUGGACAUGGACGUGGACGUGGACGUGGACAUGGACGUGGACGUGGACGUGGAGGACUUGGACGUGGACAUGGACGUGGACGUGGUCGUGGACGUGGAUGUGGACGUGGUCGUGGACAUGGACGUGGACGUGGACGUGGAGGUGGACAUGGACGUGGACAUGGACGUGGACAUGGACAUGGACGUGGACAUGGACGUAGACGUGGACGUGGACGUGGACGUGGACCUGGAUAUGGACGUGGACAUGGACGUGGACGUGGAUAUGGACGUGGACGUGGAGGUGGACGUGGACGUGGACGUGGACAUGGACAUGGUCGUGGACGUGGACGUGAACGUGGACGUGGACAUGGACAUGGACGUGGACGUGGACGUGGACCUGGACGUGGACAUGGACGUGGACAUGGACGUGGACUUGGACGUGGACGUGGACGUGGACAUGGACGUGGACGUGGACGUGGUUGUGGACAUGGACGUGGACAUGGACAUGGACGUCGACAUAGACGUGGACGUAGACGUGGACAUGGACGUGGACGUGGACGUGGACGUUGACGUGGACGUGGACGAGGACGUGGACGUGGACGUGGACAUGGACGUGGACGUGGACGUGGACGUGGACGUGGACGUGGACAUGGACGUGGACAUGGACGUGGACGUGGACAUGGACGUGGACCUGGACGUGGACGUGGACGUGGACAUGGACGUGGACGUGGACGUGGACGUCGACGUGGACGUGGACGUGGACAUGGAGGUGGACGUGGACAUGGACGUGGACAUGGACAUGGACGUGGACAUGGACGUGGACGUGGACGUGGACGUGGACGUGGACGUGGACGUGGACGUAGACGUGGACGUGGACGUGGACGUGGACGUGAUUGUGGACGUGGACAUGGACGUGGACGUGGACGUGGACGUGGACGUGGACGUGGACAUGAAUGUGGACGUGGACAUGGACGUGGACAUGGACAUGGACGUGGACGUGGACGUGGACGUGGACGUGGACUUGGACGUAAACAUGGACGUGGACGUGGACGUGGACGUGGACGUGGACAUGGUCGUGGACGUGGACGUGGAUGUGGACGUGGACAUGGACGUGGACGUGGACGUGGACGUGGACGUGGACAUGGACGUGGAUAUGGACGUGGACGUGGACAUGGACAUGGACAUGGACGUGGAGGUGGACAUGGACAUGGACGUGGACGUGGACGUGGACAUGGACGUGGACGUGGACAUGGACGUGGACAGGGAGGUGGACGUGGAGGUGGACGUGGAGGUGGACGUGGACAUGGACGUGGACGUGGACGUGGACGUGGACAUGGACGUGGACGUGGACGUGGACGUGGACGAGGACGUGGACGUGGACGUGGACGUGGUCGUGGACGUGGACCUGGACGUGGACAUGGACGUGGACGUGGACAUGGACGUGGACGUGGACGUGGACGUGGACGUGGACAUGGACGUGGACGUGGACGUGGACAUGGACGUGGACGUGGACGUGGACAUGGACGUGGACGUGGACAUGGACGUGGACGUGGAGGACAUGGACGUGGACAUGGACGUGGACGUGGACGUGGACGUGGACAUGGUCGUGGACAUGGACGUGGACGUGGACGUGGACGUGGACGUGGACAUGGUCGUGGACGUCGACGUGGACGUGGACGUGGACAUGGACGUGGACGUGGACGUGGACGUGGACGUGGACGUGGACGUGGACGUGGACGUGGACAUGGACGUAGAUAUGGACGUGGACAUGGACGUGGACGUGGACGUGGACGUGGAGAUGGACGUGGACGUGGACGUGGACGUGGACAUGGACGUGGACGUGGACGUGGACGUGGACGAGGACGUGGACGUGGACGUGGACAUGGACAUGGACGUGGACGUGGACGUGGACAUGGACGUGGACAUGGACGUGGACGUGGACGUGGACGUGGACGUGGACAUGGACGUGGACGUGGACAUGGACAAGGACGUGGACGUGGACAUGGACGUGGACGUGGAGGACUUGGACGUGGACAUGGACGUGGACGUGGACGUGGACGUGGACGUGGACAUGGUCGUGGACAUGGAAUGGAUGUGGACGUGGAGGUGGACAUGGACGUGGACAUGGACGUGGACAUGGACAUGGACGUGGACAUGGACGUGGACGUGGACGUGGACGUGGACGUGGACCUGGAUAUGGACGUGGACGUGGACGUGGACGUGGAUAUGGACGUGGACGUGGAGGUGGACGUGGAGGUGGACGUGGAGGGAGGUGGACGUGGAGGUGGACGUGGAGGUGGACGUGGAGGUGGACGUGGACGUGGACGUGGACAUGGACAUGGUCGUGGACGUGGACGUGAACGUGGACGUGGACAUGGACAUGGACGUGGACGUGGACGUGGACCUGGACGUGGACAUGGACGUGGACAUGGACGUGGACUUGGACGUGGACGUGGACGUGGACAUCGACGUGGACGUGGACGUGGUUGUGGACAUGGACGUGGACAGGGACAUGGACGUCGACAUAGACGUGGACGUAGACGUGGACGUGGACGUGGACGUGGACGUGGACGUUGACGUGGACGUGGACGUGGACGUGGACGUGGACGUGGACAUGGACGUGGACGUGGACGUGGACGUGGACGUGGACGUGGACAUGGACGUGGACAUGGACGUGGACGUGGACAUGGACGUGGACCUGGACGUGGACGUGGACGUGGACGUGGACAUGGACGUGGACGUGGACGUGGACAUGGACGUGGACGUGGACAUGGACGUGGACGUGGACAUGGACGUGGACAUGGACGUGGACAUGGACAUGGACGUGGACGUGGACGUGGACAUGGACGUGGACGUGGACGUGGACAUGGACGUGGACGUGGACGUGGACGUGGACAUGGACGUGUACGUGGACGUGGACGUGGACAUGGACGUGGACAUGGACAUGGACGUGGACAUGGACGUGGACGUGGACAUGGACAUGGACAUGGACGUGGACAUCGACGUGGACGUGGACGUGGACGAGGACGUGGACAUGGAUGUGGACGUGGACGUGGACGUUGACGUGGACAUGGACGUGGACGUGGACGUGGACGUGGACGUGGACGUGGACGUGGACGUGGACGUGGACAUGGACGUGGACGUGGACGUGGACGUGGACAUGGACGUGGACGUGGCAGGGACGUGGACGUGGACAUGGACGUGGACAUGGACGUGGACGUGGACGUGGACGUGGACAUGGACAUGGACGUGGAUAUGGACGUGGACGUGGACAUGGACGUAG